AUGCCGUGUGCCCACAAAACUAGAUCUUCAGAUUCAGAGUCUUAUUCUGCCCGAUCCAUAGCACCACUUUAUAAGCCAAAUAUCACCUCUGGUGUCACAUCUGCUCUCGACAGCCUUCCUGCCACCCUAUCCACAGAACCUCCGCCUGUCCAGAUUUUGACCUCCGUUUACUCACCGCCUAACUUGAAUCCACUGCCCACAGUCCUCACAGACGAGUCAACGGCUUACUUAACCUCAUCCAGUGAUCUACAUGCUCCUUUUUCCUAUCCUAACAACUCUGGGUUCACUAUGCUUGGUCCUCCCAUCCGGUCGGAUACGUUAGAUCCUUAUGACGCCGAUUCGGAUGACACGGACACACAGCAGUUAAAUACACCUGACCAACUAUUUUCCGGCGGCCGACCUCACUUCAUCCGUACCUCUUCGCGCCGAAGGAAUAGCUCGCUUUUAGCUAGGUCUCGGUGGGGUAGACAUUCAGCCCGGUGUACUUCUUUCAGCUCUGUGCUACGGAACCCUACUCACGAUAAAGAUUCUUCUCUAUCUCCGUCCUCUUCCUCUUCAACAUCUCUCCUUUCAUAUCUUUCAUUUUCUGGCUCUGAAUCCAACUUAGGGUCGAAUUCCCAAGACCCACUCGUCAGUCCGUCCUCUCAAAAUCAUGAAUUGUCUACAUUCGUAUUCUCUCCUAAUUCUCUGGCGGACACGCACGAAACCUUCCCCUGUGUUCCUGCACCUCCACUGGCUGCCCGACCUCCAGAUGGCUCCUUAUUUCUCGAUCAACUUUCUACUUCCAUUCCCGAGUCUACAGUCUCGUCUCCCGCCUGCUCCGCUUGGCCCUCCUGGGUUGUUGCCUGCGAGAAGUGCGUCGUCUGUUGGCGCCAGUUCAGACCAGCAACCAGACUUGGUGCUCUGCCUUGUGGUCAUGCCUUCCACGAGACGUGUAUCAGACGCUGGCUGGACACGGGUGCCUUAGCUUGCCCCAUUUGUAGAUGGCCUGCCCAUGCUCUCCAUCUCCGUCAACUUGCCUCUCUUCUCGCAGCCAUCCGCCCGACUUCUCCUGAAGCUAAUCCUUCCUCAGAUCACGCCUUUUGA